AUGGCUGAUCCUAUAAAUAUAACUAACAGUGACAUUAUUAAUAGGGAGGAGAAGCUUAACUCAAAAUUAUCCCUUGCCUUAAAUAAACGCAAACGAGAAAACAGCAAAAAUAAUAAGCCACCAAAGCAAAAGAAGGUCAAAGAAUCAUUCGCAUCAAAAAAAGAUGUUGAUAUAAAUUUUAAGUAUUUAACAAUAAAUAUUGAUCAAAGAUUAGCUGAAAUCACUAUUCAGAAAGGACCUAGAUAUAACAUUGAGGUUCUUAAGGAAUUUGAACAAGCCCUAAUAUAUGUUGAUGGAAGAAAAGACAUAUCAGUAACAUUGGUUACAUCUCAAUGUGGCACAUUGUGCUCGUCAUUAGACUUAAAGACCACUAUUGGAAGAUGA